AUGAGUGCAGCAAAGAAAUACAAGCUCAUGGAUACGACUGAACUGCACGACACCGAGAAUAUUGCCUCCUGCCUGAAAAAGGGGGACAACGGCAGCAGCAACGCAAUUACGACAGCCAGCAACCUUGGCCGGAGUGCCUUCGCCGCCCAAAAUAUGAAUUCAGCAGCGUCCACAAACGGCGAACGGCUGCCAAAUUUUUCGAAAUUGGGCUCGCAUCAUGGCAGCGAUAUACGUUCGGCAUCAACUACCUCAAAUCUGCUAAAUCGCAUGGGCGCCAUACACAACACCAAGCCGGGUGAUGUCAAAAAGAUAGUUAUUAAGAACUUUAAGGCUAAACCCACACUGCCGGAUAACUAUUCAGAGGACACUUAUGUGAAACUAGAGGAGGCCGUUAUCGCUAUUCAAUUAUCAAAGCCCAUCAAAUAUUCACUGGAGGAGCUCUACCAGGCCGUUGUAAAUAUGUGUAGUCAUAAAAUGGAUGCCCAGCUAUAUGUGAAACUCAUGGAGCUAACCGAGCAGCACGUCAAACGAAAUAUCAAACUUAAAGAGCUCACUGGUGGCAGCAUGGACAAACUGGUUUUGCUUGAGAAGAUCAACAAUUGGUGGUUAUCGUUUUGUCAGCAAAUGAUCAUGAUACGUAGCAUAUUUUUAUACAUGGAUCGGACCUAUGUGCUACAAAAUUCGUCCAUACACUCUAUAUGGGACAUGGGGCUGGACCUCUUUCGCAUACACUUUGCCCAGAAUAGUGUCGUACAGAAACGCACCGUUGAUGGCUUACUGGCGCUGAUCGAAAAGGAACGCCAGGGAUCAACGGUGGACCGUGGAUUGCUCAAAAGUUUAGUGCGUAUGCUGUGUGAUCUGCAGAUAUAUAGCAGUGCGUUUGAGGAAAAGUUCCUGGAUGCGACCAAUCAACUGUACAAGGCUGAGAGUCAACGAAAGAUGCAGGAAUUGGAGGUGCCCGAGUACUUACAGCAUGUGAGCAAACGUCUGGCUGAGGAAAAUGAGCGUCUGUUGCACUACCUGGACUCCAGCACAAAACAUCCUUUAAUAUACAAUGUGGAAAAGGAACUGCUUGCUGAACACUUAACAACAAUUCUGCAAAAGGGCCUUGACUCCCUGCUAGAGGACAACAGACUGAACGAUCUAACCCUUUUGUAUGGACUGCUUAGUCGAGUCAAAAACGGCACUUCCGAGUUAUGCGGCAAUUUUAAUGGUUAUAUCAAGAAAAAAGGACGCACCAUUGUCAUUGAUCCUGAGAAGGAUAAGAGUAUGGUGCAGGAUCUGCUGGAUUUUAAGGAUAAAAUGGAUGUUAUUGUGCGCAAUUGCUUUGAGCAUAAUGAGAAAUUUACGAAUUCGUUGCGUGAGGCCUUCGAAUUCUUCAUCAAUCAGCGCGCCAACAAGCCCGCAGAGCUUAUUGCGAAAUAUGUGGAUAUGAAAUUGCGCUCUGGCAACAAGGGCACCACCGAUGAGGAGCUGGAAAAGACAUUGGACAAGAUAAUGGUCCUGUUUCGUUUUAUACACGGCAAGGACGUCUUUGAAGCAUUUUACAAAAAGGAUUUGGCCAAACGCUUGCUUGUGGGCAAAUCAGCCUCAGUUGAUUCCGAGAAGAGCAUGUUGUCGAAAUUAAAACAGGAAUGCGGCGGCGGAUUUACAUCGAAGCUGGAGGGCAUGUUCAAGGACAUGGAAUUAAGUCGUGAUGUUAAUUUGGCUUUUCGUGGUCAUACGCUUAGCAAUGAUCGUGAUGUAACCAACCUGGACUUAACUGUCAGCAUCCUAACCAUGGGCUAUUGGCCAACGUAUGCGCCUACUGAGGUCACAAUGCCCCCACAAUUUAUCAAUCCCCAGCAGAUUUUCAACAAGUUCUAUCUGGAGAAGCACAGCGGGCGAAAACUCCAAUGGCAGCCAACACUGGGCAAUUGCGUAUUGCGUGCACAAUUCGAUGCGGGUUCCAAGGAGUUGAUGGUUUCGCUGUUUCAAGCGCUGGUUCUACUGUUGUUUAACGAUAAACCUGUGCUCAGCUACGAGGAGAUCUUGGCUGCUACCAGCAUUGAGGAUGGUGAACUGCGACGUACUCUGCAAUCGCUGGCAUGUGGACGCGCGCGUGUCAUUACCAAAACGCCGAAAGGCCGCGACAUUGAGGAUCGAGAUCAAUUUGAUUUUAAUAAUGAGUUCGUUAACAAAUUGUUCCGCAUCAAGAUUAAUCAAAUUCAAAUGAAAGAAACGAACGAGGAGCAAAAGGCGACAGAAGAGCGCGUUUUUCAGGAUCGUCAGUAUCAGAUUGAUGCGGCUAUUGUGCGCAUUAUGAAAAUGCGUAAAACACUGAGUCACAAUUUGCUCAUCACCGAGUUGUUCAACCAGCUAACAUUUCCCGUUAAGCCUGCUGAUCUGAAAAAGCGCAUUGAGUCGCUGAUUGAUCGUGAUUAUAUGGAGCGGGACAAGGAUAAUCAAAAUCAAUAUAACUAUGUGGCAUAAAUGCGCGAAGGAUCACUUUUUUGGCCAACUAACACAACUACACACACACAUAAACACACACAUAAAGAUUGUAGCUUUCUCUCUAUUUUUUUUAUCCAAACCAUACUUUCGAAUACUAAACGAGUCCAGCGAAAAAAAUCAUUUGGUAUCUGCGUGCGGCGAGCGUAUUGAACAAAUAUCAAUUACAUAUUGUAGUUGUAGUUGUUUACACACGCUGUGCCCACACGAAAGUUUCGUUUGUGGUGGCUAGUGUAGUUGCUGCAAUCCGUUUCCCCUUUGUAAGUUACUACUGUAUCAUCUAAUAAAUUAGGCGUUUCAUUUACAAAAACUAACAGCAAAAAUUGUUGCAAACAUUUGUCUCUCCUCACUGAGAGUGAUAUAUGUGCACAUAUAUCAAGUUUGUCAAGAGAAACUGCUUACAGCAAUAUGUUGAAAGAGAGAAAUUGAAAGCAUUGCAAAACUUCCGAUAAAAGAAACGAAAAGAAGAGAAGAGGAAAAUUGUAUCUUUGUUAAUUGGAUUUCUUAAAUUUGAUUAUUUUCGAUGCUGAAAGUAAUUUCCCUUCGAAUAACAAUAGAAGAAACAUUUGCAGGCUAAUAUUAAUAGAAUACUUAAAUAAAUAA